CACGGGAGGACGCAGACCGCAUCGCCUCACGGGCUCACAGCGCACGGAAGACCUCAGAUUGGAGGUGGAGGAAGUGCCGGGUGUCGCACGAGCACGUAGCGGUCACAUGUGCAGCAGCCUCGGCCGAGGGUAGACGUUGUGUAGUCGAGGAGAGGACCCGAGCGCCGCGAUGUCGGAGUUCCUGGUGAGUCUACUCGGGGAGCGGCUCGUCAACAACGAGAACGCCGAGGUGGACGUGCAGUCGCUGGGCGCCAAGCUCUCCCUGGUCGGGCUCUUCUUCGGGUGCAGCAUGAACGCCCCGUGUAAGCAGUUCAACGGCAGCCUGGGCGAGUUUUACAGCCGGUUCAAAAAGGCGUCCGAACACAAGGACAAAUUGGAAAUCGUCUUCAUCUCGUCCGAUCAGGACCAGAAACACUGGCAGGACUUUUUGCAGGAGAUGCCAUGGCUCGCGUUACCUUUCAAAGACCGACACAAAAAGAUGAAACUGUGGAACAAGUUCAAAGUCACCAGUAUCCCAUCUCUGGUGUUUGUGGAUGCAACAACAGGAAAGGUGGUGUGUCGAAACGGUCUAUUGGUGGUCCGAGAUGACCCUAAAGGCCUGGAGUUCCCCUGGGGGCCGAAGCCAUUUGCGGAGGUGGUGGCAGGCCCUCUGCUCAGGAACAACAGGCACACAACUGACGGCAGUUCUCUGGAGGAACACUUUGUGGGAGUGUACUUCUCCGCUCACUGGUGCCCCCCAUGCCGCAGUUUGACCCGGGUGUUGGUGGAGUCUUAUCAAACCUUAAAAGAGGCGGGUCAGAAGUUUGAGAUUGUGUUCGUCAGCGCUGACCGGUCCGAGGAGUCCUUUCAGCAGUACUUCAGCGAGAUGCCUUGGUUGGCGGUGCCAUAUUCAGAUGAGGCCCGGCGGUCACGUCUCAACAGACUUUAUGGAAUACAAGGUAUUCCCACGCUGAUUCUGCUGGACGCAGAGGGUCACAUGAUCACGCGACAGGGCCGCGUGGAGGUGCUGAAUGACCCGGAGUGCCGGCUCUUUCCUUGGCACCCUCGGCCCGUGCUGGAGCUCAGCGAGUCCAACGCCGUGCAGCUCCACGAGGGGCCCUGCCUCGUCCUGUUUGUGGACGCUGAGGAGGAAGGUGAAUUGGAGCCGGCCAAGGAGCUGAUUCAGCCAAUAGCGGAGAAGCUUAUGGUCAAGUACAAAGCAAAGGAGGAGGAGAUGCCGCUGCUGUUCUUUGUGGCUGGAGAGGAUGACAUGAGCGACUCCCUGCGGGACUACACUAACCUCCCUGAAGCAGCACCUCUGCUCACCAUCCUGGACAUGUCGGCUCGUGCCAAGUAUGUACGCGACGUGGAGGAGAUCACACCGCUCGUAGUGGAGCAAUUUGUCAACGACUUUCUGUCUGAGAAGCUCAAACCAGAGCCCAUCUGAAGAGGAAAUCCAAAAAUAAACCGGACACACUAUAUGGGAAUCACUCCAUCAACACACCCUCACCUGUUGCGACCCCCUCGCCGUUACCAUCCUCGUUCUCCCACCUCCACUCUGACUUUGUCAGACUGUUUUUACUGACAUUUUAACUUCUUUUUUUUAAGACAUAUUCUCUUUUCACAGUCCUGUUUUUCUCCUGUGGUGCCUUGCAUUGACGAUAGUCCCUACAGUAAUAUAUAUAGAGAGAGAGAGAUUCUGUUGGUUCUUUUUUUUGUCCUCCAGAAAAGUAUCUGUACUUUUUGUUUCACUUGAUAGCAUUUGUGAACUCGAGAGAACCAGAAUUACCCAGUGGACCUACUUAUUCAGCUGAUUCUUUGCUUUCUGUUUUGUCUGUGAGAUCCUUGUUACUUUUGGUUUAUGAAUGAUGAGAAUAAAAUGCAUUUUUACAGUUGUAAUUCACAUGUAGUUAAAAAAUGCUCAACCUCAGUUGGAUGCAGCCGUAAGCCUUUCUGGCCCUAUUUAAAGAAGAAAAAAAAACAGGUGCACGUACAGUAAAGACCACAUUAAAUUUGCUUGUAACAGACCAAUGACUGAUAUUUUAAAACCUGUGUGUACUGAUGUGAGUGAAUGUCAUCUCUUGCCAGUUGUUAAUGGUGGUUCUCAUCUGUCAUUAUGAGGAUUUUCUGUGAAGGUCCCAUAAUGAAUAGACCAGGUUAUCUCUGAAGGCACAAAAGUGGCAUUUGAAAAGUGUUGAAUGUAGAAAUCCCUGUAUUCUGUUACUUCAUUCAUUACUUCUCACAUCCAUUAAAACUCACUGGCAAGCACAAAA